AUGCCGCCGUUGUCGCUGGCGGCCAAGGCCAGGAGGGGCUUCUCCUCCUCCGCCUCCUCCUCCUGUAGGUCGCAGCUCGAGCAGGACGUGAAGAAGCUGCAGAAGGCGCUGCAGGAGGAGACGGCGCUGCACUCCAUCCUCGAGAAUGCGCUCCACCGCGCCGCCCUCACCCUCGCCGACAUGUCCUACCUCCCCACCAACGCGCAGGAGCUGCUCUCCAACAUCUCCAUCCUGGAAGGCACCAUCUCCAAGCUGGAGGACGAGAUGGUGUCCCUGCAUUUUCAGCUCAUCCAGGAGCGGAACGAGAGGAGGCUCGUCGAGUACCGCCUCAAGCAAGCGUCGCCGCCGCCGCCGCCGCCGUGCUCCUGCCACUCCGCCAAAUCCGAAUCAGAUGACAUUGCUAGCGAGAAGCGCAGUAAAGGGGAGAAGGUUUAUCCCUAUGCUGUGCUGCACGACUCAGCUAUGAAACUACAGAGGCAGCUUUCAUCCAAAUGCUUUGGCAAUCCUAAUCAGCUGUCUGAGGACAUCGUCCGUUGCAUGAAGAACAUCUUCAUUUCCUUGUCAGAUUCUUGCAGGGAGGCCUCAAGGACUCCCUCCGCGGAAAAGCAGCAGUCUGGUCCAUCCCCUAGUGGGAACUAUUCGAUUUCGGCGUUCUGGUCGCUGUCCGAACCAUCUUCCAUCUCUUCUUGGGUGCAGAGUCCUCAGGUGGAUUUGAACUACAACAAUAAUCUGUUAGCUUCAGAGACCGUGUUUGAUCCCUACAAAGCUCGUGAGAAGCUUAGUUGGGCUGACAUUGGGAGCUAUGGUGCGGCAGCUGAAGUUUCAUGGAUGUCAGUUGGGAAGAAACAGCUUGAGUAUGCUGCAGAAUCACUUAGGAAAUUCAGAUUGUUAAUUGAACAAUUGGCAGAAGUAAACCCAGCUCACCUCAAUGAUGAUGCGAGGCUGGCAUUUUGGAUCAAUUUAUACAAUGCACUGAUGAUGCAUGCUUAUCUUGCUUAUGGUGUUCCACGAAGUGACAUAAAAUUGUUUUCACUAAUGCAAAAGGCUGCAUACACAAUUGGAGGGCACUCAUUCAGCGCUGCAUUUAUCGAGUAUGUGAUUCUGAAGAUGAAGCCUCCAAAUCAUAGGCCACAGAUGGCUCUGCUUCUUGCCUUUCAGAAGAUAAGGGUGUCUGAGGAGCAGAAAAGGUUUUGCAUUGGGACACCUGAGCCGCUCUUAACGUUUGCUCUCAGCUGUGGACUGUAUUCUUCUCCUGCGGUGAAGAUAUAUACUGCAGGCAAUGUAAGGGAAGAACUCCAAGAUGCAGAGCGUGAUUUCAUUAGAGCAUCGGUAGGAGUGAGUCGAAAGGGGAAACUUCUGGUCCCUAAAAUGUUGCACUGUUUUGCCCGUGGUUUUGUUGACGACAACAGCUUCCCUAUCUGGAUAUCACAUUUUCUACCUCAGCAGCAAGCUACCUUUGUCGAGCACUGCGUGUCUCAAAGGCGGCAAAGUCUCCUGGGCACCCGCACUUUUGGCAUCAUUCCAUUUGAUUCUCGAUUUCGCUACCUCUUUUUGCCAGAUAUGGGAUCGUUAAAUUAACUGCUUGAUAUGCUUCCUCAUCCAGAUAACACAAAAGCCUAACAUGAGAAAACAGUAACCAAGACUUCUGUGCAAACCUGUUGGUUACAGUUGUAACAAGCUAUUACAGCAAGCAAGUCGUUGUAUUACACUAAUUUCUUAAAGGAAACAGCAAGUGCUCAUCCAGUAAUCUUGGAAAUGCAGGUUUGGUUAAAUUUUGAAUCGGUAUAAACGCUGGAUUAAGAUUGACAUCUUUGGAUGUUAGAUGUAAAAAUCUUCAGCAUGUCUUAAUAGGUUCCCUCGCCUCGACUUCUUGUUGAACUCAGCGAAAAAUGUUGUACAUUGUAUGUGUAGUAGGAAAUAAACAAUCAAGUUAGUAAAGGAAUUCACU